AUCUCUUUUUACCUUCAACAGAAAAGAUACCACUGAGAAUACAUUCAGUUAAACCAGUGCCAAGAACAAUGAUAUCGUAGUUGUCAUCCUUUUUUGAAGUGUGUCAGUCUCUACUUUUUUUUCUCUCUCUUUGUUAUUUUUUAUUACAUAAUGAAGACAUUUAUAGAUGAAUUACCAUUCGAAAUUAUUCUGCAAAUAUUUCAACACGUUCCUUUAUCUACGUUUAAUGCCUUAUAUUCCGUAUUUCCGCAAGCAUUAGUUGAUGAAGCACUCGUCUUUAAACUUCGAAACAAUAAGUCAAAACCAUUGUUAAACCUAGUUUCAACAAAUCUUCAUGAACUUUCUACGGAUGUACAGUCUGACCUAAACAAACGAAAUGAAUCUUCUCUAUUCUUAUAUUUUGCUUCUUUUGACCCUUACAACAGGUUCAUUUGGACAGUGCCUGAUUUUUGUUCCUUUCAACAUUAUUUCAGAGUAAAAGAUGCAUAUGUGUCUCAUGGCAAACUUGUUAUUCGUCAUCCAAGUGACAGUGGAUUACAAAAGCCCUUGCUUUCACUAUGGGAUAUCCGAAAGAGCUUCCCUCCUGUAAGAGCUGGUUCCUUCUCAGGUGCAAGCGAAUACUCGACAAAAAAAGUUCAGCAGCUGACAAUACAUCAGUUGGGUUGUAUCUUAGAUACUUGCUUAAUACCUACAUCAAAUGUAGCUCCAGACGGAAUUAUCAUGCUUCAUAAUGUAAAAUCCGAAGAUAAGGAUGCGAUAAAGAGGCCAGCCUUACCGAAUUAUCUAUCAGUAUAUCGACCUUUCUAGAAUUAUGUCCUAGUGCAUUUGAUCAGCAAUUUUUGUGCAGUGACUGAUCUUUAUCACUUUUUUAAUGCAUGAAAUAAAGGGAAAAAGAAACUUAUGCUUUGACGAGUUCAUCCUUGACGAUUUUUAGUAGAGGAAAUGAUCACAUUACAAGAAUCGUAAAUACACUGGGAAAAGUCGUCAUGAUCAAGAAACUUGCAUUCCUCUACAUUGUCUCGAAGCCUGAAGAAAUACUCGAAUAAAAAAGAACUAUCAAGCUAA